UUAAACUAGUAUGAUCAAACUAUCAUACCGUCAAAAGAUUGCAAGCUUUACCAUUGGGAAAUUUGUGCGUAAUUUGCUAUGGAUUCUUCACUUAUUUCUGACAAUUUUUUAGGCAGACAUUAAAAGUGGACCAUUUGACGUUUCUCGCGUGUUGGGUCUUCGCUUUACGUAUAGCAGUAGUAUUGGAUCAUAUCUGUAUGGAGCUCUAACGACAAUAGAACCAAGCUUGGAAAUUCGGUCUCAUCAGUUCGGUCGGUAUAAACGCGACAGGAAUUUCUACGUCAACUCGGAGCGAGGAAAAGGAACGAUUUGAGUCGUACUUUCAGACUCUACGAGGCAAGAUUUAUGUAGUAGGAGAGCAGUGUGCGUGUUGUUAGAGAGCUCAUAGAUCUUUCUGUCUUGUGGUUUGGAGGCAAGAGAAAGUACAGGAUGAAUUGGUCAUGGAGGAACAGAGUUUGGUGGGGAAUUUUAUCAGUGUGUCUAGUCAUCAUAUGCACAGGUCGACAAAUUCUGGCUACAGAGGAGCAUACGAGACUAUUCCAGACCUUAUUUAACACCAACAACUACAGCCAGCUUGUCCGACCAGUUAAAUCACAAACCACUGUCACUAGAGUAGAGAUGUUAUUAUUCUUAGCUCAAGUUAUUCAACUGGAUGAGCGGAAACAGACAUUGAAGACAAAUGUAUGGCUGACUUUGAAGUGGCAAGAUGAGUAUCUUACCUGGGACCCUAAGGAUUAUAACAACCUUAAGAACAUCAAAGUUCCUUCUGAGACGAUAUGGAUGCCCGACGUCACGCUUUAUAAUAAUGCCGACAAAUACGCCAAUUUUCUGAAGGGUCAGACAGCAGUCAUCAGUUACGACGGGUCUAUCAAUUGGGGUUGCCCCCAAAUCUUCACUACCUACUGUAAAAUUGACAUCACCACAUUUCCCUUUGAUAAGCAAACGUGUACACUCAAGUUUGGUUUGUGGCAGCAUGAUGCAACAGAAGUUGUCGUCGUUGGGGCUGAUAAAGAUGACCACACCACUACAUCUGAAGGCGGAGGCGAUGAAACUGUUUUCAAUAGCGAUGGCCAGUGGGAUAUGAUCGAGGUCACAGUGCACAGUAACAAAAUGGAGUACCCAGACGACCCUGGUAAACAAUACACUGACGUUGUGUACGAGGUUUUAUUUCAGAGGCGCCCACUCUACUAUCUCUUCAAUCUGCUGAUCCCUUGCAUGUUCUUGUCGUUGGUGUCGCUGUUGACGUUCUUCCUACCUCCAGAGUCUGGAGAGAAAGUUAGUCUUGGUGUAACGGUGUUACUGUCACUCACCGUCUUCCUGCUGCUGGUGGCGGAGACUAUGCCACCCACGAGUACAGUUCCCGUUAUAGGUCAGUACUUUGCCUGCACGAUGGUGCUGAUCUCAAUCUCAAUCGGGAUGUCUGUAACAGUCCUCAAUAUGCACCACCGAGGCCCUGACUGCAAACCUGUUCCACCAUGGAUCAAGAAGUACAUACUGAAUGGUAUCGGUCGUGUACUGCUACCAUCAGAGAGCAGUCGCUCCAAACGACGUCCAACCAUCGGAGACAGGCUCGCACAGGAGCUCAAAUCAUGGGAGACAAAGAGCCUAAUGGCUGAGGUGACCGGUAACUCUUCCAGAUCAAGAGUGGUAUCGAAUGGAUGUAACGUGGAAAACAAAGGCGACGAAUCGGAACAAAACAGACAAAAUGAUUCAGGUGAUAACAAGGACUCUCUGCAUAGGAAUCGCGCCCUCUAUCUUGCGUUGCUACGGGAGAUGCAAAAGAUUACAUUCAGCAUCGAGGUGGAGGUGAAUUCGAGACGGGUGCAGACAGAGUGGAAGAGGGUCGCCAUUGUCUUGGACAGGUUCUUCUUUCUUAUGUGCUUGAUUGGAUCAGCCACAACCUUCCUCGUGUUUUUUGUGCAGGUCUAACAUUUUGAUUAUCAUGGACUUCACGUCAAAGUGACCAAUACUUUCAAUACGGGCUCCGGUGACGUACAGAUAGCUACACGUAUAAAAUGCUAUACAGUCAGUUCAAACUUCGAACUUUUCAAGACAACUUUCUUAUUUAUGACAGAAGAAUUAUCGUUUAGAUUUCGAUUUCUGGGGAGUAAAAACUACUGCACUUCUACAGUUUUCCUGGCACGGCAGAAAGACAAUUAUGGAUACGUCACGAAUACGACACGGAUAGAUGGAUUAUUGAAGAUCCUGUCAUUUCGAUUUUAAGGAUAUUGGUAAAUAGUUUCGCGUCAUUAUUCGGCUUUUUAUAAAAGCAACUAUUUUGACUCGUUGUGGCGUUUUUGUAUAUCUAUUUAUUCAUUAAAACAAAGAAUACAAAAGUCUAAAGACUUUUCAAUUCAAACUGUGCACUAAGCGUACAGUGAUUUAUUAACACAUCUGGAACCAACUGCACACGCGAUGAUCAUGCAAUAUGCCCAAUGAUGUAUUGUUCACUACACUCAAAACACAUGUAUAUUGUACAAAGACUUUUUCCUCUUUCUAAAAAAGGUAUAAUAAAAAAAAUAAGCAAAAAAUUAAUAAAUUUGCGGUUGUAAAAAAACGUCAGUUCCAGUAAUUAUAAGGGCGUAGAAGUACAGUUUAGCCUAAAGUUUAUGUAAAAUGAGUAGCAUGACUGUAGGUAGAAAGACCAGUUUAUUUUCCUCGGAACGGUAGUAUUAUACGAAACUUCGUUAUUGAGGGUUUGCAAACGUGGUGAAAUAAGAACAGACAAGACUUAUGUUUGAAACCUACGGUUCUUUUCAAAACCAGAUUACAUCAUAUUACCGCAAACUGUACUACAACAGAUACAUCGUCGCUCUUAUUUCAUGCUUUGACUCAUAAAUCACCAAACAGGGUGUUGUCAUAACGAUGAUGACCGGCUAUUAGACAUUAUCGCUACAUGAUGUUCCCGCAACAAUAUUAUACAGACACCUCG